CGCGCGCGCUCUGCGUCCGCGAGUCAGCUCGCGGUUGUACCUUGGGGCGGCGUCCGGCUCUGAACCCGCGAGGUGGGUGGUAGGUGCUGGGCGGCCUCCGGCCCUUGCGCUGGGCUCCUCGUGUCCCGUCCCCGCCACGGCGGAUCAGCCUCCGUUCGUGCGUCGGUGCACGGUGUAUUUUUGUUUCUGGAGGAACUGCCGCGCCUGCGUGCGGUCACGGGCCGACGCCGAGGCCCGCCCGCUUCUCUCGGCAGCCUGGGGCCGGGGCCUGAGGCACCAUGGCGGGGCCCUCAGGCCCGGCCGCCCUCCCGCACACACUGCUGCUCCUGCCAGCGCUUCUGAGCUCAGGUUGGGGGGAAUUGGCACCACAAAUUGAUGGUCAGACCUGGGCCGAGAGGGCACUCCGAGAGAACGAACGCCACGCCUUCACCUGCCGGGUGGCAGGGGGGCUUGGGACGCCCCGCCUGGCCUGGUACCUGGACGGUCGGCUGCAGGAGGCCAGCACCUGGAGACUGCUGAGCGCGGGCGGCGAGGCCUUCUCCGGGGGCACCAGCACCUUCACGGUCACUGCCCAGAGGACCCAGCACGAGCUCAACUGCUCCUUGCAGGACCCCGGCAGUGGCCGGUCGGCCAAUGCCUCCGUCAUCCUCAAUGUGCAGUUUGAACCAGAGAUCGCCCAGGUUGGGGCCGAGCACCCGGAAGCGCGGGGUGCAGGCCUCCUGGUUGUCCUGUUUGCCCUGGUGCGUGCCAACCCGCCCGCCAACGUGACCUGGAUCGACCAGGACGGGCCGGUGACGGUCAACGCGUCCGACUUCCUGGUGCUGGAUGCCCAGAGCUACCCCUGGCUCACUAACCACACCGUGCAGCUGCAGCUCCGCAGCCUGGCGCGCAACCUGUCCGUGGUGGCCGCCAACGCCGUGGGUGUCACCAGCGCCUCGCUUCCGGCCCCGGGUGAGCACGGCCCGCGACUGGCCCCGCAAAGCCUCAGGGGGUGCAGGGUCACAGUACAGGAAGGGGCCGAGCGCCGGCCCUGCGGGGCUCCUGGCCGCCCGCGUGGAGGUGCCGCUGCUGGGCGUCGUCCUGGCUGGGGGGCUGGCCCUGGGCACGCUACUGGGGUUCAGCACCUUGGUGGCCUGCCUGGUGUGCAGGAAAGAGAAGAAGACAAAAGUGACUCCAACAACCUGAAACUCAACAACGUGCGCCUGCCCCGGGAGAACAUGUCCCUCCCGUCCAACCUUCAGCUCAAUGACCUCACUCCGGACUCCAGAGCAGAGAAACCUGCAGACCGGCAGAUGGCUCAGAGCAGCAGCCGGCCAGAGCUGCUGGACCCCGAGCCUGGUGGCCUCCUUACCAGCCGAGGUUUCAUCAGGCUCCCAAUGCUGGGCUAUAUCUACCGAGUGUCCAGCGUGAGCAGUGACGAGGUCUGGCUCUGAGCCGGGUGCGAUCGGAGAGGGGUGCCCUCCUGGCUUGUGGGCCCCUCCCCCCACCUCCAAGGCAGCCUCUGCCCAGCCCCGUUGCCAGGUCAUCCCGCUGCUGCUUCUGCUUACGCUGCUUGCUGCGGUCCCCUCUGUCACCCACGUGACAGCUUCUCCUGGGAGCUGGACCUCAGCCCCUUGUUCUGACUCAGGUUGGGGGCCUUCACGGAUGCUGUGCGCAGGCGGCCCCGCCGGCCUGGGCCUGUUCUGUGUCUCUCACCAGGACCCUUGGCACUUUGAACAGCAGGCAUGGGGCAUGCCCGGUCGGGGACAGGGAGGGCCCUGCAUGUCCAGUUUCCUCCCCGUGCCCUGCAGCUUUGUUCCCUCAGGGAAAAUUCGGGCCGAGAGCUGUGGGACCCACCCCCGGCCCGAGGGCAGGGGCCCGGCCCCGACCAGUCCCUUCUGCUGCAUUCCUCUCAGCCCUGCUCUGUCUGCGCCGCCUCGUGGGCCUCUAGGUCGGACGGUGGACCUUCUCCCGUUUCUUCACUGGGCACUAGGCCUUCCCCAAGACCUGGGCCCCAAGACCGCAUGUGGCCGGGCCUCGGUUCUUACCGCGUUCGCACUUUAAGCACAACCCCCGGGGAGGGGGUAAGUGAGGGCCUCUGGGUCCUCUCUGCUUCCCCAAGGCUGGCUUCUUGGGGUGCACGUGAGUGCCCCGAGCCCUCAGGGCCGAUGGCCUCCCUCUCACCAUGUCUCCCCCACCUGGGACCCCAUGACCGGCCCCCGACUGCCUCCGCAACGGGAAGCCGCUCUUCCUGUCCACUCUUGUUCAGGGACGGUCCUGGCGGCACGUUACUAACAGAGCUAGCAGCUUUAGGGGGACAUGGGGGACAUGGAGGAAGAGGGGACCCACACCACAGACAAUCCAAGAACUCUUCGGAAAGUAACAUGGAAAUGAUUGCAAGUUACUAUCCAGUGCAGAGUAUGUUUUUCCCCUGUUGACAUCUUGUUUUGUAAUUUCUCUCGUUACCUGCCUAGGACAGUGCGGAGCGCACGGUACAUUUAAUAAACUUGACUGAGUGAAUGUUAA